AUGGCGAGGAGCAAAGCCCCCCGUACACACCCCACCACACAUGCCCGAUUCUGGAAGAAGCAACCCACCCCACGCGCCAACGGCAAAACCACGUCCGGAGGAUCCUCACGCACUCCGACUCCAGUCGAGGAUGACGGCGAGGUGCCAACCCGAGACACCGACGUCGAAACGAGCGCAACCGAAGUCGAAGAAGGAAAGGUCGAGCUUGGUGGAAAUGGAAAGACACGCCAGCAGGCCGAAGCCGAACUGAUUGCCGACUUGAAGAAGCAGAUUGCGGAGGUGAGGGCGACGAUGGUGGAGUUGGGUAUCCCGAUUCCUGGGGUUGUGACGUUGAAGCUUGGGGGGGAGAAGGGCAAGGGAGGGAAGGGGGGUGGUGUGAAGAAGGCUAAGGGGGGAAAGGCGGGUGGACGGAAGAAGAGGGGAUCAAAGGCUACGACGAAAAGCAAUAUGCUCAAGCUGCGGGAGGAGGAUGAGGGAGGCUGGAGGUUGAAGGCUGCUUGA